AUGGUCCGCACCUCCGUUCUCCACGAUGCUCUCAACACCAUCAACAACGCCGAGAAGGCCGGCAAGCGCCAGGCUCUGAUCCGGCCCUCGUCCAAGGUCAUUGUCAAGUUCCUGCAGGUCAUGCAGCGCCACGGCUACAUUGGCGAGUUUGAGGAGGUUGACAACCACCGCAGCGGCAAGAUCGUUGUCCAGCUUAACGGCCGUCUCAACAAGUGCGGUGUCAUCUCCCCCCGUUACAACGUCCACCUUGCCGAGCUCGAGAAGUGGGUUGUCAAGCUUCUCCCGGCCCGUCAAUUCGGCUACGUCAUGCUCACCACCUCGGCUGGCAUCAUGGACCACGAGGAGGCCCGUCGCAAGCACGUCUCUGGCAAGAUCAUUGGCUUCUUCUACUAG